AUGGCACGCCGGCCCACAAGAAAGGCCAAAGCAUGUGCCAGAAGAAAAGGGCAAACCGCCCCACAAGAAAGGCCAAAGCAUGUGCCAGAAGAAAAGGGCAAACCGCCCCACAAGAAAGGCCACAGUAUGUGCCAGCAAAAAGGGCCAACCAGCCCACAAGAAAGACCACAGUAUGUGCCAGCAAAAAUGGCUAACUAUCCUACAAGAGAGGCCAAAGCUCCAAAUGCGCACCAGAGAAAAAAAGGCUUUUCAGAGACCCUCAAGGUCACUGUCAAGAUUCAAAGCCAAAUCAAGAUAGAUAUCAAGCCAAGGUCCAUUGCUAUGUCCAAGUCCAAGUCCAAAUCCAAUUCCAAGUCUUGUCCAAGUCCAAGUCCAAAUGUCCAAAAACUGUCCAAGUACUGUUCUAGUACUAGUCCUAGCACACAAACAUAUACAAACAAAUAG